GGAGAUGAGGACCUGGGGAGAUGUUGGGGGUGAGGAAACUCCCCUGGCAAGAAAACGAGGAAGGCUGCAGGGCAAGAGCUCCGGGUUGGCAGAGAUAAAAGGUAGACAGAAAAGGAAAUGUUUUUAAUGGUGAUGUGAAGAAGAUUCAUUUUCAAGCAGAACUCCUUUCUUUUCUGGUGGGGUUCAGAAGGAAGACACCCCACUUUUACCAUGGAAGCUGAGUGGGAGCUCUACACAUAAGGAGGCUUCCACAGCCUUCUUAUGAUCCAUUUUCAGGUCACUGCUAUGCCUGCCAUGCCCUGAAGGCUGGAAGGAAGACCUGCGCUCUGCUGCAAGGCCCAUUUCCACCUGCCCUAGCGGGUGGAGCCCAGGCUUCCCUUCAACAGCCAAAAGAGGUUCCUGGGAGGCCACUGGGACUUUGCUGGAACAUCUCUUGGGUUGGGGAAAAUGGCAAAAAUGUUUUAUAAUGUUUAAAGCAGUUCUAGUUUUGGUUCCUCUGUUUUGUUUUCGUCAAGUUGGUGUUGGUUAAAUGUUUAUUUGGGGUUAGUGGUUAUUUUAAUUUAUUAGGGGACCCAGGUGGCGCAGAGUCUAGGGCUUGCUGAUCAGAAGGUUGGCGGUUCGAAUCCCUGCAACGGGGUGAGCGCCUGUUGCUCGGUCCCAGCUCCUGCCCACCUAGCAGUUCGAAAGCACAUCAAAGUGCAAGUAUGUAAAUAGGGACCGCUCCAGCGGGAAGGUAAACGGCGUUUCCUUGCGCUGCUCUGGUUCGCCAGAAGCAGCUUUGUCAUGCUAGCCACAUGACCCGGAAGCUAUCUGCGGACAAACGGCGGCUCCCUCGGCAUAUAGAGCGAGAUGAGCGCCGCAACCCCAGAAACUGUUUAUUAUUGCUGCUGUUAUUGUUGUUGGUUUCUUUGUAGCCUGUAUAGGAUAUUCUGUUUUUUAUGUUUAAUGUUUAGUUGUGUUUUCAUAUAUGCUAAGCCGCACAGGGUGGCUGUGAGAAGCCAACCAGAUUGCGGGAUAUAAAAUAUACUAUAUACCCCAUUUGGGCUUCUGCAGGGGCAGGAGAAUAUCUAGGGCAGAGGAAUCCCUGAUGUUAUUCUGAGGCUACUUUUAGUUCUCCCUCCCCUCCAAGGAACCUGCCACCAACCCGCUCACAGGUCCUUGUAUGAUCAGUGGAAACAGUUGGUCCUGGCAAUUAUUAACCACUCUCAAUUCCAACCUGAUAACUGCCACCUGCUUAGAUUUAUUUGGCCACUCUGGGUCUGGCCUCGGCUGGAGAGGGCGGGCUACAAAAAUUAUAAUAAUAAUAAUAAUAAUAAUAAUAAUAAUUGUUUUAUUAUUAUUAUUAUUAUUAUUAUUAUUAUUAUUCUCCUGCAGACCUAGCGAGGAUGGAAGGGGGACGAUGGACGGUUGACCUGGUCAGGCUGUCUCCCACAACCUUCGAAUGUUCCCUCCCAGGAUCCUCAGUGGGAUCUGGGCUAGCGAGGAUGGAAGGGGGAAGAUGGACGGUUGACCUGGUCAGGCUGUCUCCCACAACCUUCGAAUGUUCCCUCCCAGGAUCCUCAGUGGGAUCUGCAGGUGAUGAACAGGACAGUCAUCGUACUCUGGUUUCAUCAGAAAGUAAAUCUAGCUUGAACUCACACUGCAGAAUCCACACAGAGGAGAAACCGUGUAAAUGUUUGGUGUGUGGAAAGAGCUUCAGUGACAGCUCAGGCCUAAAAUCACAUGAAAGAAUUCACGCCGGACAGGAAUCAUACAAAUGCUUACAAUGUGGAAAGGGUUUCAAUCACCACUCAAACCUUAAAAGACAUCACAAAGUCCACUCUGAGGAGAAACCGUUUACCUGCUUUGAGUGUGGGAAGAGAUUCAGUCACAACAGAAACCUUACACAACAUCAAAAAAUUCACACAGGGGAGAAACCGUAUACCUGUUUUGACUGUGGAAAGAGUUUCCGUUACAGCUCAGGUCUUCAAACUCAUCAAAGAAUUCACACAGGGGAGAAACAGUAUAAAUGUUUGGAGUGCGGAAUGAGCUUUGCUCACAGCUCAAGCCUUACAUCUCAUCAAAGAAUUCACACUGGGGAGAAAUCUUAUAAAUGUUCUGAGUGUGGAAGGAGAUUUGCUCACCGUGCUAACCUUACUUCACAUAAGAGAACCCACACAGGGGAGAAACCAUAUAAAUGCUUGGAAUGUGGAAAGAGCUUCAGUCAGAGUCCACACCUUACUUCACAUAAGAGAACUCACACUGGUGAGAAGCCGUAUAAAUGCUUUGAGUGUGGGAAGGGCUUCAGUCAGAGUUCACACCUUACUGUGCAUGAGCGAAUCCAUACAGGGGAAAAACCAUAUAAAUGUGUGACGUGUGGAAAGAGCUUUAGUAACCACACAUACCUUGUUUGCCAUCGCAGAAUCCAUACAGGAGAGAGGCCAUAUAAGUGCUUUGAGUGUGGAAUGGGCUUCCACCAGGGUACAAGCCUUCGUAUACAUCAAAAAAUCCACAGAGGUGAAAAACCGUAUGCAUGUUUUGAGUGUGGAAAGAGCUUCACACAAAGCUCAUCCCUUGCAUCUCAUCAAAAAACUCACAGAGGGGACAAGCAGUAUGCAUGUUUUGAGUGUGGGAAGAGAUUCAGAUGCAACAGAAACCUUACACAACAUCAAAAAAUUCACACAGGGGAGAAACCGUAUACCUGUUUUGACUGUGGAAAGAGUUUCCGUUACAGCUCAGGUCUUCAAACUCAUCAAAGAAUUCACACAGGAGAGAAAUCAUAUAAAUGUUUGGAGUGUGGAAUGAGCUUCGCUCAAAGUGCUACCCUUACUUCACAUAAGAGAACCCACACAGGGGAGAAACCAUAUAAAUGCUUGGAAUGUGGAAAGAGCUUCAGCCACAGUUCACACCUUAGUUCACAUAAGAGAACUCACACUGGUGAGAAGCCAUAUAAAUGCUUUGAGUGUGGGAAGAGCUUCAGUCAGAGUUCACACCUUACUGUGCAUGAGCGAAUCCAUACAGGGGAAAAACCAUAUAAAUGUGUGACGUGUGGAAAGAGCUUUAGUAACCACACAUACCUUGUUUGCCAUCGCAGAAUCCAUACAGGAGAGAAGCCAUAUAAGUGCUUUGAGUGUGGAAAGAACUUCACCCAGGGUACAAGCCUUCGUAUACAUCAAAAAAUCCACAGAGGUGAAAAACCGUAUGCAUGUUUUGAGUGUGGAAAGAGUUUCACUCGAAGCUCAACCCUUGCAUCUCAUCAAAAAACUCACAGAGGGGACAAGCAGUAUGCAUGUUUUGAGUGUGGAAAGAGCUUCAAUCACAGCUCAAGCCUUCAUUAUCAUAAAAGAAUUCACACAGGAGAGAAACCAUAUAAGUGCCUUGAGUGUGGAAAGAGAUUUGCACGUGGAUCUACGCUUACUUCUCAUAAAAGAACUCACAUGGGAUAAACCAUAUAAAUGCUUGGAGAAGGAGGCAACAUUCCUUGAGUUAAUUCCAACUCUUUGUUAGUUACAAGCAGAAGUAAGGGCAACUAAUUCAGAUUAACACCAUCAGCUUCUGUUUCCCUACCUUUAUAGAAUGAGUUAAAAUGCUAUAUUCCUAACCAUAUUGGAUUGUUUUUUUAAAAAAGGAAGGGGGAAAUCAAGUUCCCAUUAGUGUUUUCAUUUUGUUCUUCUUGACAUACAAAUUCAUCAUGCCAUUCCUAAAAGCUCUAAUGGAAAUGGGAAGAAUUAAAGCAAUGAACAGCUUCAUUUUAGGGAGAAAGUGAAUAAAAUUGGAUAUAUAUUUUUUAAAAAAACUUAUUUCUUGAAUGUUGAAUAUUUAUAUGCAGAAUGAUAAAAAGUACAAAAAUGCAGAUACUAUAGACGUUAAUGGAUAAAGGAAUAAAUUCACAAUAAACAAUCCCUGUGUUCCUGUGUGUGUAUAUGGGGAGAGAGGAAGGAGGGCAGGCAAGUGUAUCUGAAGGAAGGCCUCGUGGUCUCAAGGAAUCUGCUGAUGCCACAUGCACCACUAACCCAGAAGCUGUUCUGUGGUCCACGUGGUUUAACAAGGUCUCAGGAUUUAUAUCAGAGGGAGAUGGAACCCCAGUUUGUAAUCUGGACCCAUGGAACUUUCUGAGUCAUCUCUAAGGGAAGCCCCAUAAAGAAUAUAUUGCGAUUAUCCAGCCCGGAAAUUACCAGAGUUUGGAGUGCAGUUGCCAAGUGACUUCUGUCCAAAAGGGGGCAUAGCUGGAAAAUCUGCAGAGGUGAGGAAAGGCCAUGGGGGGCAACCAGUGGGAGUGGAGAGGAGCCCCUCCAAAGUUUGGGAGGGAAGAUCUUGAGAGGCCAGGGGCUGAUCUGGAUUGGAAAGCAGUAAAUAAAAUUGGCUUAGGACCCUCGUACCUACGGGACCGCCUCUCCCGGUAUGCCCCGCAGGUGACAUUAAGGUCCACAAAUAAUAACAUACUGGAGAUCCCGAGUCACAACAUGGUUAGGCUGGCCUCGACCAGGACCAGGGCCUUCUUAGUACUAGCCCCGACCUGGUGGAAUGCUCUCUCUCAGGAAACUAGGGCCCAGCGGGAAUUUGUCAUCUUUUUGUAGGGCCUGCAAGACGGAGCUGUUCCGCUUAGCCUUUGGACUAACUCAGUCUGGCCCCAGUGUUACCUUCCCCUAAGGCUUUAUCCUACAGAUAUUUAAAUGAGGUUGCACUUGUAGAUUCCUAAUUUUAAAAUCGAAUCUUAACAUUGUAUUUAAUCUGCAUUUUAAUUGAAUGGUUUUUUAUGCUUGCUUUGAUAUUCUUGUUAGCCGCCCUGAGCUCGGUCUUGACUGGGAAGGGCGGGGUAUAAAUAAAAUUAUUAUUAUUAUUAUUAUUAUUAUUAUUAUUAUUAUUAUUAUUAUUAUAAACAUUUCUUUUAUAUCCAAGCAUAGACAUGAUAGAAACUCAGCAAGAGCUGAGAUACUGUUUUUAAUAGAACAGAAUGAAUUGUAAGAACGAAAUUUAAGAGACCUAUUAGACGAGAAAAUAAAGAUAAUCAGCCCAAGAGCUACCGAGAAAGUGCAUAUAUUACUAAGCCUUAAACCAUGGGUAGGCAAACGAAGGCCUGUGGGCCGGAUCCGGUCCAAUCACCUUCUAAAUCCAGCCCGCAGAUGGUCCAGGAAUCAGCACGUUUUUACAUGUGUAGAAUGUGUGCUUUUAUUUAAAACUAGCUGGCCUUGCACAAAUUGCGGUGGUCUGUGAAAUGGAGGGUAAUAGCCCCCCUUCAGAUCCCCCCA